UCUAGAAGUAACUGCAAUACAAAUUCGCUCAGCAUGAGACUUAAUGGAAUUUGUCAUGCUGAUUUGCCUGGGAGACGAGAUUUGUAAUGCGUGACUGCAAUUACUACGAGAACGAGUGCGAUGCUUUUGCAAUGCAUAAUUGCCUGGGGCCGAGCCGAGGGUUGGCACAAGGAGAACAGACACAAGCUUGUGCGGCGGGAUUUCAUGUAUGGCGCGACCGAAGAGCACGCCUACCGCAGUCCCUAUGCCCAAGGAGAGGUUCCCAAAGGGCAGGAAUGGAAAUCCUUUGCCAGCUUUUUUGACCGGGCCACGAAGAAAAAGAUCGAAUUUGAGGUGCUGGAAGAAGAAAUUGAGCGUGGGAUCUUUCCUGACCCACAGGAAAUCGAAAUCGAGAAGCAGCACAUUGAAGAGAAGAACAGUAGCACCUCCGCCCCCAAGGAUGUUGUUUAAUUAAGAGUAACUUCAUAUUAUAAUUUUAGCGUAUUACAAGAAUGUAAUUCGACCAAGUUAUUAUACAACCAAUCGUGAGGACGUCGAUAGCGAAGGAAUGUAAGCAAAGAAUAAAGAAAUGCAAAGUUGUUGAGCUCCUUGAAGUUCGAUUGAAGAAGAUAUGAGGAAGAAAAUAGACCAACUUCCUGCUUUUUGCAGAUGUUUAUGCGGUUGGGGUCAUGAAAAGGACAAAGAGACAGCCCGUGACUGACCGUGCGACGUGUCGUGUACUCAUGUUUUUAUAGACCACGUGUAUUGACGCGCAG